AAGACAAGCGUCAUUUAGGAGCAGAGGUAGCCUGAAAGCAGGGAGGUCUCUGGGAUUCAAAACCAGACCUACAGCAAAGUACUUUUAUAUUUAUAUAUAUAUAUUUUUCUUUUCCCCAGAGGAAAUCCCUGCCUGACCUGUCAUUUUCCUGACCACACUGCUAUGACAGGCUCUUUCUUUCUCAGAAGUUAAAGGAAGACACGCACGUGUGCCCAAUUCUUCCAAGUCCAGUGGUUUCCCUGGGAAUGGACAGCCUCCCUCCAAGCUUCCACCCUCGUGAGACUCUCGAGCUCUAGGCUGUGAACCCAGCUAGGAAGUACCGCUGCAAACAUGACUGAAGAGCCUAUAAAAGAGAGCCCGGGAGCCCCAAAGUCCCUCACACCAGUGCCAAUGGAGAAAAACCCCAAGAGUGAAGUGGUGGUCACCGCAGUCCCGCUGGUCAGUGAGGUUCAGCUGCUGGCUGCGACAGGAGGCGCUGAGCUCUCCUGUUACCGCUGUAUCAUCCCCUUCGCCGUGGUGGUCUUCAUCACGGGGAUAGUGGUCACCGCGGUGGCUUACAGCUUCAAUUCCCACGGCUCCAUUAUCUCCAUCCUGGGCCUGGUUCUUCUCUCCUCCGGACUUUUCCUGUUAGCCUCCAGCGCCUUGUGCUGGAAGGUGAGACAAAGGAGCAAGAAAGCCAAGCGACGGGAGAGUCAGACGGCUCUGGUGGCCAAUCAGAGAAGCUUGUUUGCUUAAGACUGAAGGAGACCAAAGGGGUUAUGGGGCAUGAAAAACCUGCUCUGACUUGGUCAGCCCACUCAUCCAGAGCCAGCCAGGGAGGGAAUGGGCCUGGCUUUGGGGCAGACUAGAAAAAUGGAGGGGGGUUGAAGGAGGAGGCUCCAUCCAUGGAGUCCUCGUCUGUGAGGAAUGACCUGCUUCUUUAAUGUCUUCUUUGUGAAUGACUUCAUUAAUGACAAACUUAUUCCUAAGGGCUAUUUGCUACGACAGAAGAACCAGCUUUGUCUUUACAUUAAACACGUUGGGAGGGGGGCACAGGAGAUACAUAGCAUUAGACGGCAUUGCUUCAUGUUGGAAAGUAGCCAAGGAAUGAUGAGAAAAUAAUGAAAUAGUCCUGGCACAACAGACGCCUACCUCCUGAAGAGACGACCCACACUCUUUAAGAUGUUGUAUUAAAAAAAGUGUUCUGCUGAAGGUCUACAUUGCCUUGGACUUCACAUACACGUAGGAAAUUCUGUGACAAUGUUUUUCCAUAUGUUGGUCCUUUUAUUUUUCACUCUUAGUAACUCAUCACUGGUGGUACUUUACUUGGAAAAUAAACUAAUAUUUUUUUAUAUUAUAACCUUGGACAGUUUUAUGUGAUCAUAAUGGGUCAGAAGUAUAGCUAAUAGAUGAUGUGGGGGGUUAAAUUAAUAUUACUAUAAUCCUGUAUAGCACUUCUGAUGAUUUUUAUAUUAAAGUUCAAUGUACAUUUUAUUCAAAAUAAUAAAUACUCAUUGCUGCUGAAAUUUUAAA